AUGACAAAUGAAGUUUUUCAAAAUCUACUUGAGAUCAGCGAAGAUAGCAGUUUAAAACUCAAAUACCGUGAAGGAAGCCAAGAAGAGUUCUGGAUGCAGGUAUAUUCAGAAAAUAAUGUUGUUGGCAAGGUUGCAAUGGAAAAACUUGUGUGUUUCACAUCGACUUAUCUCUCUCCUGAAACGCAAACGCAGUCAGUGUGCAGCAUCUUAAGUGAUAUGUAUUCUUUGGGAAUGGUGAUAUGUUCAAUUUUUAAUAAUGGAAGGUCGCUUAUACAAGCCAACAACUCUACAUCGGCUUACCUUAAACAAAUCGAACUGCUGGAUGAUCAGGUUCACAACUUAAUACCAAGAAUUCCAGUGCCAAUUCAAGAGGCUGCGUCCAGGCUGGUAAGCAAAGAUCCUCGACAACGACCAACAGCACAGCUUCUCACGCUUAUCAAGUAUUUCAGUGAUCCAGCAUUGCAUGCACUCCAGUUCCUUGACGUAAUUAAUAUGAAAGAUCCUACUCAGAAAUCACAUUUCUAUAGGAUAGCUCUUAAAGAUGCUCUACCAUAUAUCCCCAAGAAAAUGUGGUAUCAAACCGUUUGGCCUUGUUUGCAACAGGAAAUGAGAACUCAAGAGGUAUUGGCAGCUGUGCUGCAAUCUGUUGUGUAUUUUGUGCAGGAAGCUACUGCCGAUGAAUACGAGUCCAUUAUUCUUCCGUCCUUAAGAAAUGUAUUUGCGGCACCAAAAACGGUCCAAGCAACCGUGACGCUUUUAGAGAGUCUGCAUAUAAUUUUAGAGAAAACCCCAAGAGAAGAGAUUCGAGCUGAGAUUUUACCAUUACUUUACAAUGCUUUCGAUAGCACAACCAUACAAGUGCAGAGUGCUGCCCUUCUAGCAGUGACCAACGUAGCGGAAUUCCUAGAUGACAAUGCAAUAAAGAAAAUGAUUCUACCAAAAACCAAAGCAAUAUACGAAAAGAAUCAAACUGACUCGAAGCUGAUUUCAAACGUGCUGUGUUGUGUCGAAAGGAUUUUGGAUCGACUAGACAAAACACAGAUAAUCGACGAGGUGCUGCCUCUUCUGUAUGAUAUAAGACUUUCCGAUCCCCAGAUUACUCUGAGGGUAGUACAUAUCUAUCGACUGAUGCUGACUGAUAAAAGAUACGGACUUUCAAUCAACCUAAUGGCUACCAAAGUAAUGCCUUCUCUGUUACCUCAAACAGUGAACCCCUCGCUUAACUUGGAACAGUUCACGAUACUAAUUGAAGUCCUCCAGGAUAUGUUGGACCAGAUCGAUCGCAAUCAGAGAAAUAAGCUCAAACUGGACAAUCUUUCGCUGCCGAGCCCCGAGAGGCACAGGCCGCUUAGACACCAAUAUAGUUCGGAUAAUAUGCAUGUGCCGCCUUUCAAUAUACCCAAUCUGCGAAUUGAACAGAGAAAGACUUCAAGUGCUGAGGAUAUGGCUAGGAAAAACUCGACAGGAGGAGUGCUAGGAAGUUGGUGGUUUGGAGGUUCCCCCUCCUCACCGGACAGCAACUUCCUUCGAGUAGUCAACGCUUUUCCGAAUCGACGACUCUCCGACAAUACUCUGAUGACACCAAAAAUACGGGUAGCCCCAUCGUGUGCUUCCUCACCAGGGGGUACGCCUGGAGGGGGCCUGCCUAUUAGACGGCAUUCCAGUAUAGGUCCCCAAGAACGAAGAGGGUCGACAGUAAACUUAUCGCCACCAACGGUAAGUUUCUAUUUUAUAUUUUAUAUAUUGUCUUUAGAUGAUAGGUUUAGAUUUAUGAAGGAUGGUGAAUAA